AUGUCAAAGGCAAAGCUGUCAAAAGAACAACCAGGAAGGCAACAUGAUUCCAGCAAUCCUCCAGCCCCAUCAGACCCCAGUCUUACAAUCGAUCACUCCCUGCACAAUCCAGCUCCAUCAGACCCCAGUCUUACAAUUGAUCACUCCCUGCACAGUCCAGCUCCAUCAGACCCCAGUCUUGCAAUCGAUCACUCCCUGCACAAUCCAGCUCCAUCAGACCCCAGUCUUACAAUCCAUCACUCCCUGCACAAUCCAGCCCCAUCAGACCCCAGUCUUACAAUCGAUCACUCCCUGCACAAUCCAGCUCCAUCAGACCCCAGUCUUACAAUCGAUCACUCCCUGCACAGUCCAGCUCCAUCAGACCCCAGUCUUGCAAUCGAUCACUCCCUGCACAAUCCAGCUCCAUCAGACCCCAGUCUUACAAUCGAUCACUCCCUGCACAAUCCAGCCCCAUCAGACCCCAGUCUUACAAUCGAUCACUCCCUGCACAAUCCAGCUCCAUCAGACCCCAGUCUUACAAUCGAUCACUCCCUGCACAAUCCAGCUCCAUCAGACCCCAGUCUUACAAUCGAUCACUCCCUGCACAAUCCAGCUCCAUCAUACCCCAGUCUUACAAUCGAUCACUCCCUGCACAAUCCAGCUCCAUCAGACCCCAGUCUUGCAAUCGAUCACUCCCUGCACAAGUGUGCUCUUCUUCUGUUCCUUCCCUGGGCACUCUCAAGUGAAAUCCUCUUUAAUCCUGCAGCAGAACAGUGUGCUCUUAUAUAUAACAUUAGUCCCUUUUCAAGCUCUGCUUAA